UGAAGUCAUCCAUCCUCUGUGUGUUUCUGCUGGUUCCUCUGGCUGUGAAUCACUCUUGUCAUUGGGGUUGGGGCAGGCUGAGCUUUGUGAUGACGCUUCGAUUAGUUCUACGAUGUGAUGGAUCUAGUCUCAUUAGCAUGGAUACAAUCAAGAUGGCGCCGACAAAUAGGGCAGCUCUGCUUCUACGUAACUUUGCAGUAUUUCGUUUUUGUGUGUGUUAUUUCUUACAUUAUUAGCCCAGGAAUUUUUUGGUGUUAUUACAUACAGCCGGAAAUAACUUUUGGAUACCAGAGCAGUGGUAACUCACCAGCAAUACGACGAUCCUUUGUUCCUACGCCCCAGGGCAAUUGAACUGAUUCCAGAGGCUGAUCCAAAACACCGCCGGCGGAAAAGAGCAGUGAUAGCUUAGGUAAGCUCCUCCACGACCUGCUCUGCCGCAACACAACUCCACCCUUCUCCUCCAAUCACCCCUGGACUACACCAACCACUGAGUAACAGCAACAAGAGAUUGCCGUGGGAGAGUCCGAUUUUUGCUCAUGGAAUACAAACAAGUCCUGUCUCUAUAACUCCCCUCCUGCAUUUGUAAUCCACCAACUCUGAUUACGAAGGGGGGGAAAACAAGUUUGCUUUCACCUGAGGCCAACUGUUUUAGUAUUUUGCCUGCAGUGCUGAAAAGGCGUUGUGUUUCCAGCUCAUUUGUUUGUUUAAUGAUGUCUCAACUGAACUAACACUUAGGCUUAGUGCACUGUUCAGGAAUACAUAGGUACAUUGUAGUUUAACAACAAGGCCCAGAGUUCCGGAGUGUUCAGAGUGUGUCCGAGGUGGAUACACACGAAGAGGAAGAUACACCUGUGAAGGCUGUGCAGAAGCAGACGGGUUUUCCUCUGAUAGAGCCUCCUCAUUCUGUAAACACAGCAGGUGAUCUCUGAGGAGAUAUCUGUGCGUCCGCUCUCUCUGGGUCGACAAACUACUCCCUGCAUUCCUCAUCAUAGCUGUUUCAGACGGACUCAGAAUCCAGUAGCCUUGCACCAGCGUGUCUCUAAGGAUCUCUCUACAUCUACCCAUACUUGUCUUUCCCUGUCUGUUUUUUCCCCCUCUAUCUUUUUUAAAACCUGUAUCUCCCCCUUUUUUCACUUCUCUUCCCUAUACCUUUUAUUUUCCUCUCCUUCCACAACACCCAUUCCUGUCACGUACUCUCCCCGUUUAAAUAAUUAACAAUGCUUGCGUGCCAAUGACACUUUCUGUCGGUGCGAUCCGAUCCCUGAAAGUCCCAGGGGAAGCAGUGACCUUUGGAGUGGGUCGUGCUGCUGGUGUGUGGGUCGUGCUGUUCCAGAUCUCUACCUCCCCCCUGGACCUCCUGGCCUGGCCCUGACUGUAAAUGUCACAGCGCUGGCUGUCCACAGCUGAAUCUUCCACAGGGUCAGAGGCCUGGCUGCUUUUCUUCUUCUACACAGGCCAGGUAUCUCUGUGGGAGCCUCACUGUGUCCAAGUGGGACAGACGGUACUCCUCAGCCCCAGUCGACCGUUGACAGCUGCCUUCUGGGAUUUAGCGUUUUGGUCUGAUUAGAAAGAUUCUGUCCGACCCCGAGAGCUUGUUCCCAUUAUACUCAGAGUUUUCAUUUAAAGACUUUGUUUGGUUUUUCUUCGUUUUGUCAUUACCCUCUUCACCCGAUUCAUAUAGUAGCUGCAGCCCAUAAUAAUUGCCUUUGGCUGAGAAUGUGAUCACAGGUUCACUUUACUCCCCAGUUUUAGGAUCUAGCUCAAUCUCCCUCUUGACAAUAACAUUUCACAGGGAUUAUGCAUAAAGCCAGGCACACCUUUUAAGUGUGUUCGCCACAGGAAGCCUUCACAAAACAUAUUCCUCCCUGGAGAGUAGCACACACCAAUCAACUGCAGUCAUUUUCUUUACCAAAAUAAAGGCCCUUGGAUGGAGUGAAUACAGGGAAAGAAAGGGCAGAUGGUCCCCUGCACUAAAACAUCAGUAAUAAAUGAAUAAAACAUUUGGUGGAGUGGAGGCAUCUGGCAGAUUGCUGAGGUAGUCCCUCCCUCUCUCUCUCUCUCUCUCUCUCUGUCACACUCCCUCUCUCGUUUUAGACAGGGCAUCAUGUAGCAGCGCAGCAAGAAAGGAGGCUGUUCCGCAGUGCCCCUGCUUCUCUCUUUGUUGUUUUUGUUUGUCUGUUUUUUUUUUACCCCCUCCCCACCCCAUCCGUGUUGUAAUGACCCACCACCACUGCCAGCCUCAGGAGAGAUGCCUGUACUUGAGAUGGCAGUGAGCCCUGUCAAGUCCCUGUACUGGGAGGUGUUCCCCCCCAUGUCCUCAUGCAGGGUCUACUGCACCCCUGUGUUCCACGGUGGCCUGCUCUAUGUUCUGGGAGGAUGCAGUGAAACAGGCCUGCCUUUAGACACUGCUGAGGUGCUGGACAUAGAGAGCCAGACAUGGACCCAGCUUCCUCCGCUCCCUACAGCCCGUGCGGGGGCGUCGGCGGUGGCCCUGGGGGGUCAGGUGAUGGUGAUGGGGGGCAUGGACCUCCAUCAGAGCCCCCUGUCCUCCGUGGAGGUCUACAACCCUGACGAGGGCAAGUGGGAGAGGAGGGCCAGCCUGGGACAGCCCUCCAUGGGCAUCACCUCUAUAGAGAAAGAUGGGAAGGUGUAUGCGCUGGGAGGGAUGGCAGCUGACACUACGCCCCAGGCGCUAGUGAGGGUAUACGAGCCGGAGAAGGACCAAUGGCAGGCCUUGACCUCCAUGCCCACGCCUCGCUACGGAGCCACCUCCUUCCUGAGAGGCAACAAGAUUUACGUGCUGGGUGGGCGUCAGGGAAAGCUUCCUGUCACAGCCUUCGAGGCCUUUGACCUGGAAAUGAAGAGUUGGACGCAUUACCCCUGUAUCCCCAGCCGCCGAGCCUUUGCCUGCUGUGCUGCCACCGAGCGGGGCUUCUUCAGUCUAGGAGGGCUCCAGCAGCCCUGCCCCCAUAACUUCUACUCCAGACCUCACUUCGUCAGCACGGUGGAGGAGUAUAACCCAGAACAGGGUAUCUGGAUCAAACCAACCCGAGCCUCCAGGAUGAGAGAUAAGAGAGCAGACUUCGCAGCCGGAUGUCUGGGAGGAAGGGUCAUCGUGGCGGGGGGACUAGGAAACCAGCCGUCACCCCUGUCGUCAGUGGAGAGCUACAACCUUGUGAAGCGACGUUGGGAGUAUGCUGCCCCGAUGCCCAGCCCCCGCUGCUGCUGUGCCCCCCUGCAGACCCCCAACAUGCUGUUCCUCAUCGGGGGGGUGGCCCAGGGGCCCAGCAACGCCGUGGAGGCCCUCUGCCUCAGAGAGACUGUGUGACACACACACAUGUACAGAGACACACACUGACAUGGCUACUACAGACACUCACAAAUACACAGGAAAGGACUGUGUCGCUAUUCGUGCAUACACCAGUACAAACACAUUAUUUGUGUACAGGUGAUGGACACACACUCAUACAGACUCAUAUUUGACCUGGACACCUGUCACAAAGGAGUUGUUGAACAAAUAACCCCCCCCCAAAAAAACACUACACACAAUACUAAUUUGAACAUUACAGCAUUUUCAGGAUAAAAGCAGGGUACUUUUCUGGAAAUUAAAGGAAUUUAGGGCCAUAUGUGUUUCACAACAACAGUGUCCGGUUACAGUGGCUUGUUUACACCAUAAAAAAGUUGAGAGUUCAGGAUACAACUUGGAGUAUGUGAGUAUGUGUGUUUUGGUCCCUGUUGUUAACGUGGCGUUAUUAAAAUCCCAGACUCCUGAAUACCACAUUUAGAAUUGCCAGCCAAUACCUGCACUGUGGCAACAGAGACUCAGAAUAGAGUGUUUUGACACUAAGCCACAUUUCCCUGAAGCUUAAAGACGUGUUUUUGGAGAGAAAAAACAAAUCAUAUUUUACAUCAGAGUUUAGCAAUGAAACAAUGUAAGAGUUGUUUUUAAAGGGAAAAGCAAUAGCUCUUAACAGGAAGUCCUCCUCUACAUAUACCAUGCUUAUUCAACCUUUGACCCUUUCAAAGAACUAAUAGGAAAUAGAGAGAACACCCAGAAGGGCAGUGGGAGGGGUUUUUGAAAUCGUAUUAGUGGACAGAGGGUGACUGUCACAUUUGCUUGACCUCAACAUAUAUUUUUAGUAUGUAUUUUAUGAGGGUUUUCUUUCCUUGCGUCACCCCUGUAGAACCCCACAUUCAUUGGAUCAUGAGUUUUUAUUUUAUUUAGGAUGUCCUCCUAAGCUGGCGCCACUGUGUCCUGGACCGGUUCAGGCUGUGGCUUUGACUCUCUCUGAUUACAGCAUCUCCUGAUUCAUGACUGAUUAUCUUUAUCAACGUCUCCUGCUGGGUAGCUCUUCGAUGUGCUAAAUUACAGGUUGGGUAUGAGGGUUGCAGAAGGCUGGUUCGGAGGACUACAGGAGGCCGGAUAGGAGGGAUGCAGGGGGCAGGUUAGGAGGGUUGCAGGAGGCAGGUUCGAAGGGACUAGAGACUAUUAAAUAGCUUAUGGUUUCAUUCUAGCACAUAGAUGCACCCCCACACUUACACUCCCACAAUCACAUACAUAUUUCUAGAAAAACAUUGUCGAUGAUGUCAUUGAGAUACUCCCUUGGGGAGUGCAGUGUCUUUCUAAACAUGUUUUAGUGCCAGUUGAUAGAUGUAUUUCUGGCUACGUGGGAAGUUGUGUUUCUGUACGCUCCAAGGCUCACCACAUGGAUCUGGCUGGCUGGCAACAGCAAUAAAGUGAUGGAUAGAACGCAAAUAUAUGUAUAUACUUAACUGGAUUCUCAUCAGUGGAGAGAGAAUGCUGUAUUCGGUAGCAGUCUGCAGGAGGAACCAGGGUCUCUUCGGCAGAAGCACUCUGGUUUCUAAGCUCUUGAGUACAGUUUAGAAAGAACUUGCACACCCUCGGGAG